UGCCUGCAGUAAUGGGACGAAGGAAGUCCAAGCGAAAGCCGCCCCCCAAGAAGAUGACAGGCACCCUGGAGACCGAGUUCACCUGCCCUUUCUGCAACCAUGACAAGUCUUGUGAAGUGAAAAUGGACCGUGGUCGAAAGACUGGAAUCAUCUCCUGUACGGUGUGCCUAGAGGAAUUCCAGACCCUCAUCACACACCUGUCAGAACCAGUGGAUGUGUACAGCAAAUGGAUAGAUGCCUGUGAGGCAGCCAAUUAG